ACGAACAAGAACCAGAAAAGAAAAGAAAAGAGAAGAAAUGCCCCUAGAAAUCCACCCCGCCACAGCCGCGGACACCCCAACGCUGGCCACCCUCUUUUUCACAACCUUCUCCGACGCCUUCAACACGAAACUCUUCCCGCGCACGCCCGACGUGCACGCCUGGUGGACGCGCGCCCUGGCCAAGGACAUCGGGAACCCGCGCAAACAGCUCCUGAAAGUAGUCGACACGGAGGCUGACGCGGCCAAGAACGAGCCUUCGAUUGUGGGGUUCGCGCUUUGGUCGCUCCCUGCCCCGGAGACCACGACUGGGGCGGCGGAGAUAGAAGAGGAACUGGAGGAUGGGUUGAGUCCGCCGUGGCCGGAGAGCUGUGAUGGGGCGUUUUGUGAGAGGUUCUUUGGGAGGAAUCAUGAGCGCCAGGUGGAGGUUAUGGGGGAUAAGAGGUAUUAUUAUGUGGAUGUUCUAGGGACGCACCCCGCGGCCAGAAGAAGGGGUGUCGCGACGAUGCUUAUCAACUGGGGAUUGGAGAGAGCGAAGGAGGAAGGUCUGGAGGUGUAUUUGUCUGCUACGCAGGAGGGAAGAUUUGUUUAUGAGAAGUUGGGAUUUGAGGCUCGGUCGACGGUGGAGGUGGAUGGGUAUGUACAGGAUUCGAUGGUUUGGGUUCCUUGAUUCUUUUUUCUCCCCUUCCUCUGUGUACAAAAGCUUCCUUGAUAUAUGGGAAGGGGUAUACUUGUUCUGAGAUCCACAGGAGAUGUGUUGAUUAAUUCAGCUGUGCUAACUAUAUAAUUUUUUGUUUGUAUAUGUCAUGCAAGCAGUACACUAUUACGG